CUGACUUGAUGCCAAAAAACCUGCAUCCACACAACCUCACUUUUUUUGGAUUUUAAUGUUUUUACUUUCUCAUAACUUGCUUUCCAGAAAUGACCUAAGUUUUCUUUUUGUGUUUUUUGGCCACAGAUCAAACAGAAACACUUCAUGUAGCUGCUCUCUUCGGAUUAUCAUUAAAAAAAAAAGUCUGUUUUAAUGAACUUGAAGUUACACUAAAGGAAUUCACGCUUAAUUGGCGAAGAAAGGGUUUGGCUUGGCUGCUGGGUAUAAAUGCCUUCCCGUGGGAGAUUUCUGACUCUUAUCGCUUCCUGUUUGUUGUCACAGAUGUCAAACUGUGUCGAUCAAGACGGCACAGAGUGAAACUGACGCCCGGCGGGGCAGCGCACUGGGCGGGCAGGACGUUGUUAAGACCGGGGCGCUUAAAUCUUUUAUCUGAAGAAUGGCUGCUUCGGCCAUAACAGGAUUGGCGUAUCCCCACUAGCUGCUGUCCCAUAUUUUCCGAAAAAACCUUGUUUGCAUCGCUCAGGAAGAAUUAAGGGGGGAGUCUGUCCUCUGCAGCCGGUUUCCUCUGCGCGCAAUCACAGCUCCAGGACCAGCGGAGGAGUCGGUGCGCUCUGGCAGAAAGCAUCAUCCAGCCCUUCAUCUCUCGGCUCAGACAUCACUCAGUCCUCCAUGCCUCCAAGCCUCAGCCGUCAUCUGCAGAAUCCCUUGGAAUGACGCCGCUGUAAACCUAACUUAUCUUUGUCUUUGUGAUUCACUUCUUACUUACUUCACAAGAAGAAAGAAGGGGAAAAAAAAACAUACUCAGACAGUCAACAUCUGUAAGUUUGCGUGUGUGUGUCGCACUGGAGGGGAGGAAGCGAUGGCAGUCCCGGUGAAAGCAGCCUUGGCUCUCCUGGUUCUCACCGUGGCAACUGCCUUGUGUGCGGAGGUGGAGGAGAGGCUGGUGAGUCACCUGUUGUCACCGGAGCGCUACAACAAGCUGAUCAGACCAGCUGUCAACAACAGUCAGCAGGUCACCAUUUACAUACAGGUGUCUCUUGCCCAGCUGAUCAAUGUGAAUGAGAGGGAGCAGAUAAUGACCACCAACUGUUGGCUGACUCAGGUAUGGAAUGAUUACAGAUUAAUGUGGGACCCUGAAGAAUAUGAGGGAAUCAAGAAAAUCCGCCUCCCGUCACAACACAUUUGGCUGCCAGACAUCGUCCUCUACAACAAUGCUGAUGGGACCUAUGAAGUGUCCUUCUACUCUAAUGCUGUGGUCUCUAAUAAUGGUGAAGUGGCCUGGCUUCCACCAGCUAUCUACAAAUCUGCCUGCAAAAUUGAAGUGCGUGAUUUCCCCUUUGACCAGCAGAACUGCACCCUCAAAUUCCGCUCCUGGACCUACGACCACACUGAGAUCGACCUCAUCCUGCUCAGUGAUUUUGCCAGUCGGGAUGACUUCAAACCGAGCGGUGAGUGGGAUAUUGUUUCACUGCCCGGACGAAAAAACGAAGACCCCAAUGACAUCAGGUAUCUGGAUAUCACCUAUGACUUUAUUAUCAGGAGAAAACCUCUGUUCUACACCAUCAAUCUGAUCAUCCCAUGCAUCCUGAUCACUUCCCUGGCUAUUCUGGUCUUCUACCUCCCGUCAGACUGUGGUGAGAAGAUGACCCUCUGCAUCUCUGUGCUUCUGGCCCUCACUGUGUUUUUACUUCUAAUCUCAAAGAUUGUGCCACCUACAUCUCUAGCAGUGCCUCUGAUUGGGAAGUAUCUGAUGUUUACUAUGGUACUCGUCACGUUCUCCAUCGUCACCAGCGUUUGUGUGCUUAAUGUGCACCAUCGAUCCCCCAGUACCCACACCAUGCCUCCUUGGGUUAAACGUGUCUUCCUGUACCGACUCCCUUCCUACCUCUUCAUGCGGAGACCCGGCAGCUCCAACAUACGCGAGAGGUUCCGGAAAAAACACCAGCAGAGAUCGUACUCUGACCAGAAGCGUGGCGUGGAUGGGGGGCCUGGUAGUCCUCCAGGAAUGGCAGAUUCAUCCUCCUCCUUCUACGUGAAUGAGGACUCAGCAAAACGCUACGGCUGGAAGAUCAGCGACUUGUCAGAAAACACAGAGUUCAGGAAGAGGAUGACGCUCAAGUGUAAUAUUGAUGUGGAGGAUGCUGUGGAUGGAGUACGCUACAUUGCUGAAAAGAUGAAGAGUGAGGAUGAUGAUGAGGGGAUAAUUGAAGAUUGGAAAUACGUUGCCAUGGUGAUCGACCGUCUCUUCCUUUGGAUCUUCGUUCUGGUGUGCGUUAUCGGGACGGUUGGCCUCUUCAUGCAGCCGCUGUUUCAGAGUUACAACACCCCCAUUAUCGAGGACAUGGACCAUAACUGACAUCUGACUUUUACUGUCAAUGUGAGCCAUGUAGAACUUUGAGUCCCUCCAGAACCAGAGCUCUGAAAUCAUUUUAACACUAUCCUGGCACUGCACUGUCACUGGGAAAUAAUUACAAUGUACUUUUGACCUCUGACACCACCUCCUCUUUUUUUUUUUUUUCUUUCAUCCCCUGCCAGUUACCUCCUCUGCAAAGCUAAUAUAAUGAUCACAAAGGGACUUGGAUUCAUUUAUUGUCAUUUUACUGGGAUUUAUUGCAAUAUGGGUCUCAUUUUGGCCAUCCUUUCCGCCAACACUAGUGACUGAUGUAGCAACAUUUAAGGAUUUUAAUAUGAAAUGAGAUUGAACACCAGUCAGUAAUCAUCCUUGGAAAUCAGUGCAGCUCUCCAACAGUUUAGAUGUAGCACUUUCUAUAGGAAAUAUAUUGCUUUUUGGUGAAACUUAAAGCGUAUCAAUCCCUGAUCCCAAAGAUCUACCCAGCCAAAAACAACUCAGGACUUUAUUUUUAGUCAGGGUUAGUUUUUUUUUGCCAUAUGUUUCUCUCUUUCUGCCUCCAAAUUAAGUGUUAUAGUUCUUUUUAAGUUAACUAAGAGAGAAAGAGCUCGAAGAUGAACAAAGCCUCUGAAACACACAAGCAGAUAACAGAUCUCACAUCGACACUUCUGACUCUUUCCCUGUGUGUGAGACCAUCACCUCCCUUUGUCCUUUUGCCAAUAGCACACAAAUUGUAUGAAUUUCUAAUAUUUGCCUUGAGAAGGAGAGCAAGAAUGGACGUUAAACAAAUUGUGGUCUUAUUGUUGUGCUGUUUUAAAUCAUUAAUGAGCGUGCGUGGCCUGUUUUUACCUUCACUUACACCACAUGGUUCGGGCUCUGGCUUGACUUAACGGACUGAGCAAAUCCUCGCUGAGCUGCUGUCGUGAUGUUUAGAAGCAGCUAGAAAUGACAAAAAAAAAAAAAACUAAAACCAAUGACAUCAGACUGUUGCUGCUCGCCGAGAUUCUUUUAACGGUACAGAACGCUGGUUUUCGUCCAAGCAGUGUUUGUCAGCAUCCAUCACCAUGGAAACCAGCAGCAAUAAUAUUGUACAGUAUUUUAUACACUCUGACCUGGAGCAAAUUAGCCAAACAGUUCUGCUCUUCACUCGCUUUCUUUUGCAUUAUACUGUGCUGAUACUAUGCUUGAUUGUUGCAGGCCUGUUCUCAGAAACGUUACUUGAAUCCCCGUCCAGACUGUACCUGUCAUGAUGCACUUGUCUGUCACUGCUACCAAUGUUAAACAAGGGUGUACUGUACUCAUCGAGCCGCAUUCAGUUGUCAUCGCUCCACUUUGCGCUCUGAGUGGAUAGAAUGAAACUUUUUUUUUUUUCUUCCCACUUGCCAGUCAUGUUGUGUGAGUUUCUAAAUGCUGAGAAUUAUAGUAAGAGGACUGUCAUGGACCUGAUGACUGGAUCAAUAAAGGGAAAUGAAAGCAACAAGCGGAUCUGAUGAGUCAAAUAUGCAUUGACUGGUCACUUUUUGCUGCUCAACAGUAUAAACAAGCAUCAUUUUUAAUCAGCUUUUAACCAGCAACUUGUUUUAACCCAUAAAGGCCCAGUGUUACUUUUAUGGCAGUUU